GCACGGCCCGCGGCAACAAUUGCCCGCAUGAUCUCACAACGGGAACCAAGCUCUGUGGAAAGAAUCCGAAAAAAUCCGGCCGAAAACCCUUAGCCAAAGUGCGAAGAUUAGCACGUUUGCAAAUGUCGUCGUUAGCGAGCGAGAAACGGAACAAUGUGUGUUAGUACAAGCUCUGCCUUAGAUAAAACGGUCCGAUAAGGCACAUGUACUAGGGGCCGUGCAUACACCUUUCCUGGAGAGGAAAUUGAUAAACCCAAGGAAGUAUACUUCGCGGCGAAACAUUGAACGUGGCAGAACGUUCACGGCGUAUCACGGGGUCACACGCGCAUUGAAAAGCACAAAAAAGAGAAAGUCCGCAUAGUCCGUUCACUGGAUCGCUGGCGGAGUACGAGGCUCAUCAAUCUACCUAGAGAGUGAAAGUGUGCUAGCGUUCUCAGAUCAGAAGAGAUCAGAAAAUUCCUAUUCCCCAAUGUGUUAUGGUAUCGUACCAACGUUAGACCCGGAGGGUUACCUUCCAGCUGGGGAAGGAGCUGGUAAUUUCCAUAGAAACAGAAAUCCAUCGCGAACACUACAAUCGGCCGUUGCGCGAUCGGUCCUGCCGCAGGUUCACUACCACUGGAGCAGGUAUCUUCCGUUGAUUCGCGUACCGGCCAACCUUACCACGGCCGUGGUUCCUGGUGGUUCUACGACGAUCACGACGACUACAACCACGCCAACGGAACCGACAGCGACCACCACCGCCGCCAGCACCGUCCUCAACCAGCCCAAUACGGUUAGCUCCCCAUCUCAGUAGAUGUGGCGUGGCGUUGGGUGGUCUCCACAGCUGGUUCAUUAUCACCGGUGAGCAUCGCUAGCACCAAACCAGUAUUCGCCACUCCCAUCGUCCACCGUCUAUCGACCACGCCGAGCCAAAACAUGGCCCAUGACACAUAUACACACACUCCCCAAUAAACUUACAAAACCUUAUGACCCCACGGUACAGCACCAGGAACGUGUGCCUGAAUGAAACCUCUUCCCUAUAGCGUAUAGGAAGAUUAUCCCGAAAGCAAAUAUCAAUAGCGGAGCACGCGCACCAUUAUCAGUUUGUCCAGUGUUGUAGAUGAUUUGAUUUUUUUUGCCACGACAGUCCAGGGGCUUUUCUCCCAGGCCCAAGCCACAGCAUCCAGACCCCACCCCUCGACACCGUAUUCAUAUAUUCCUUUUUCUCUGGGGAUGCUUCAAACACACAAAUUGAACAAAUACCACGCAGCGUGCCCGAAUCCCGAAUCCAGCGAACAACCACGUUGAUUCGGUGUGCGCUCGCACCCUCGCUUAUGCUCAUCGGUGGCGUAUAUAAGAAGCCUUGCGGCACGACUGCGCCAUGUACUAUCUCAGCAGACGCGCGCUGAUCAUGGUUACGUGCAGUAUGCUGAUCACGACGAUCGUCCUCUUUACCGCCUACGGCGUGUACGGAGCUCCAUCAUCCGCGGAGGAUCACUCGGACGAGGGUUUCGAUGAUUUUCUCACUGAGAAUGGUAGCCGUGCGUCCAACUACGAGCUGAAGCAGGUGCACGUGUUUUUCCGCCACGGCCAACGGACACCGGCGGACACCUAUCCGAAAGAUCCUUAUCUGAACUUCACCUUCGAGCCAUACGAUUGGGGUCAGCUGACUAACAACGGAAAGCUGUCAAUUUACAAGGAGAUUGGCCAAUGGCUACGCGAAACCUACGGAGACUUCGUUGGUUCGACAUACCGCGCGGCCAACGUACACGUGCAAACAACGGGCGUUUCGAGGACACAAAUGACUAUGCAGGUGGUACUGGCGGGGCUGUUUCCGCCGGCAAACACCCCUCUAAGGUGGAACCGCAAUCUAAACUGGCAACCGAUUCCGUAUUUCAGUGAACCGCUAAGCCAAGAUACGCUUCUUCUUGUGCGUGUUUCAUGUCCACGAUACGCGGAGACCGUUAAGGAGGUCUUCAAGUUGCCUGAAAUCGUCACACUAAUGAAUGCAAAUAAGCAGCUGUACGAGAAUCUCACGCAAAUUACGGGCCUGACGAUUGCCAACCCGGAUGAUGUGCAGUCACUGUUCAGCACGUUGAAGGCAGAGUCAGAGUUUGGAUUGAAAUUACCGACCUGGACCCUCGACUACUACCCGGACCGUUUGCUGCCGCUAACGAAGAAGAGCUACAUCCUCAACGUCUACACCGAUGAGAUGAAGCGACUGAAGGGUGGACCAUUCCUUAGGAAAACGCUCAAUGAAUGGGAAGCUUUGAUCGCUAAUCCUACAGGCUCGAACAAGAAGCUCCUUUUGUACGCUGGCCACGAUUCCACGGUCGUCAACAUACUGGCGGCCCUGCAUGUUUGGGAUGAGCGCGUGCUGCCCGAUUAUGGUACGAUGGGCAUCUUGGAGCUGCUUCGUGAUACCCGUACCGGCAAGUAUGGUGUGACUGUGAGUCAGAAAAUGCUUGGUGGAACCGUGAAGCGUUUAACCAUUCCGGGAUGUAGUCGGUUCUGUCCGAUCGAUCAGUUCAAAACGGUACUUGCGGCCACUAUACCGACCGACUGGAAGACAGAUUGUAAGGCUAAGAACCCCGACACUGUUGAACCACCACCAUCAGGACCAUAGGAUAUCAGAAAUCGCGAUCGGAUGAAGAAGAGUGUUCGAUUGAGUGUGAGAAUGUAUUUACCCAAGCAGCAUUGGGCCCAACUCUGGCCACAAAAUCCGUCUACAUGCAGUACGAAGACCAGUUUUAACAUUAAACAAAAAAAAAUGAAAGCAACUCAAUCUUAUCAGUUCAGU